AUGCUGGGCGUCGAAGAGCUUAGCCAGGGAAAGUCACCCAUUGACGAGUGGAGGGUGAAGGCUUACUACUUUGCAAGCUUCACAUUCUUUGCGACCUACGAGCGCUAUGCGACGCUGUACUUCGAAGCCGACGGCUUCCGCCCGUCCGAGAUCGGCCUGCUGAUCGCGGUGCGACGGUUUCUCCAGACGGUCGCGACGCCCCCGUGGAACGCCUUGGCAGAUCAGACGAAAAAGGCCAGGAGUAUUCAACUUGCUUGCUUGGUGGCGAGUGCGAUCCCAUUUCUGGCUUUGAGUGCUCCUGUGCACCACGAUUCCAAAGGUCUGAUUUUACGUGGCUUGGCGCUCUGGAUGUUCUCCUUGUUGGGCUCUCCGUCCACUUCCAUGAUGGACGCUGUGGCGCUGGCCGCUUGUGACCAGGAUGCUCAAAGGUGGGGCAAUGCUCGAAUUUAUGGUGCCGUUGGUUGGGGUAUGGCACACCUUCCUUUGGGCCUCUUGUUCGACCGUUUUGGCUUCGGCGUGAUGUUUGUGUCCUUUGUGAUCUCUGCUAUUGGGCUCUUUGGGGCUACCUGGGGUAUGCCUGAAGCAUGUGGCGAAGCUGAGGGUGAUGUUAGCCUGCAGUCCAUCUUCGGCAUUUUGAGGAGAAAUGUGGCUUUCUUUGGCAACAUUACGGUGCUUGGUGCGGGAUUUGCCAUGGUCGAAGGGAUGCUGUUUCUGCUUCUGCAGGAGAUGAAAGCAUCAACGCUGUUGUGCGGCCUCUCGGUGGUAGCAACCGUGAUUUUUGAGCUGCCAAUCUUUGCCAACGCGCAGUUUCUAUUGGAGCGAUUUGGUACCAGAAGACUGGUGAUAGCUGCGCAAGCCGCCUGGGUCGUACGCGCCUUCUUCUAUUCGCAGAUGUCGGCCGCCUGGAUGGUUUUGCUCGUUGAGCCUUUGCAUGGCGUGACCUUUGCACUCGCAUGGACUGCGGCCAUCGAUUUCGUGAAGCGCCCUGAGGUUUCGGGGGAAGGCUUGGAAGCAUCUGCACAAGGACUCCUGACAGCAUGUUUCCAUGGUGUAGGUCCUAUCAUUGGUCUACUUGGUGGCGGUGUGCUCUUUGAUUCUCUCGGAGGCCAUCAGUCAUAUCUCAUUUUCGCGCUAGGGGUGCUGGUCUCCGGGUGGAUCUACUGGAUACAAACCUCAGAUGCAGAAUUGCAGCAUAGUCCGUCCAGAGAGGCGAUCUCCUUGUCCAACGCGCUGGGCAAGCAAACCCCCACGGCGGAGCCUGAAAGCGAUGCCGAGCAAGACCACUUUGCCAAAGCUUGA